AUGUGGGCAUGCGUGGUCCUCCAGGGCUCAGUGGAGAAAGGGGUGAGCCAGGUGUACGAGGUUUACCUGGACCAGUUGGGAAGCCAGGACCCGCUGGUCUGCCAGGUCCUCCAGGAGAGAAAGGACCCCAGGGACCUCAGGGUCGACCUGGAGAUGAAGGUUCAAAAGGGAUCCCAGGCCCAGCAGGCCCUCCAGGUCUCCCAGGGUCUAAUGGGGCAGCUGGAAAACAAGGACCUAGGGGAAGUCUGGGUCCCCCAGGACCUCAAGGGCCUCAGGGGCCAACAGGAAUCCCAGGUUUACCUGGCCCACUUGGGGAUGCGGGUCUUACAGGACCAGAUGGACCACAGGGUCCACCUGGGCAAACAGGAACCGAAGGCCUGCCUGGACAGAAAGGAGACCAGGGUUGACCUUGUCAAUCUUCAGCCUCAGGGGGACAUUGGGCCAUGUGGUAACCCUGGUCCUAGAGGGCCUCCAGGAGAAAGAGGUCUUGAGGGCCCAAAAAGCUUACAAGGACCACCAGGACCAGCAGGCAAAGAGGGUGAAAUCGGACCUCCUGGUGAAGUUGGAGGUCCUGGACCCAAAGGAGAGAAGGGAGAGGUGGGACCUCUCGGUUUAUCUGGUAGAGAAGGCCCUUGGGGAGCACUUGGUGAUAAUGGUGAAAGGGGCCCAAAAGGAGAGAAGGGCCACAUUGGAUUAAUGGGCGAACCAGGUCUGAUGGGUGAAGUAGGACCUGCAGGUCUAGGAGGGUUACGGGGAAUCACUGGCCCCAGGGGACCAUUGGGACUAGAUGGACCUCAGGGCCAGAAGGGAGAGUCGGGGCCUAAAGGAAUUACUGGACUUCCAGGCUCUGGAGGCCCUCAGGGAUUAGCUGGUCCAAGAGGUGUCAGAGGAGACACAGGGGGGGCAGGACCACCUGGUCCAGAAGGACAAGUUGGGCCACAGGGAGAUGAGGGAGCCAAAGGAGAACCAGGGCCACAGGGACAGAAGGGAGAGCCAGGACCUCCAGGUCCACUAGGGGAACAGGGUGAAGAUGGUCUCCCGGGAAUCCAGGGUCCUCCAGCUCUGCCAGGGUUAGAGGGGCCUCCAGGAGAGAUGGGACCCCAGGGUGCUCCAGGUCCCACAGGGGCUCCUGGGCCGUAUGGGAGACCAGGACCUGAGGGGAAACAAGGCAUGAAAGGAGAGGAGGGAGAUGCUGGGACGAGUGGACCACCAGGAAGGACGGGCCAUGCUGGUAGAAGGGGGAAACGAGGGAAAGCUGGGGUCAGAGGGACCAGGGGAGACAGAGGACCAAAGGGCGAAAAGGGAGACAAUGGACAACGUGGCAUUCCUGGGUGGCCUGGGCUCAUUGGAAUCCCCGGAUUACAGGGAGAGUCAGGGGAUGCAGGUGAAAAGGGGAAAGAGGGUGGUAAAGGAGACAUGGGACUGCGUGGACCUCCUGGAGCUGAUGGCACAAAGGGUAUCCGUGGUCCUGUGGGGUUGCCAGGUCCUCCAGGCCAGAAGGGAGAGCAGGGGAAUAUUGGUCCUCCUGGACCGAGGGGCACACCAGGGAUGCCGGGGCUGCCUGGGUUGUUUGGAUUAAAGGGUUUAAAAGGCUACCAAGGUUUGCCCGGUCUACCUGGCAGGAGAGGGCUCCCAGGUCCACCCGGAGUUCCUGGACCCCCAGGAGAGUCACUGAAUAUGACUUUGUCUCAACUCAAGGACCUGAUGUAUGUGUCGGAUAAGCCAAACUACCCUCUGAUCCAGACUCUGUUAGACUCUCUGCAGCAGGAUCUUCGGCUACUGUUGGAUCCUCCUGAUGGCAGCAAGGAGCAUCCUGCCACCACCUGUCUGGAGCUGUGGCUCUGUCAUCCUGAAUACAGCAGUGGAAUGUAUUACAUUGACCCAAACCAGGGCAGCCCAGGCGAUGCUCUGCUGGCACACUGCAGCUUCUCCUCCUCAUCAGUACAGACCUGCCUUCAUCCUCGAGACUCACAGUUGCCAAUGAAAGCUUGGAUGGAAGAAUUUACUGAUGAGGGCAAUUUUCAGUGGCUCAGCAGGCUGGAGCAAGGCUUUCAGUUUUACUAUCCAGGUGCCAACAUCGUCCAGAUGCGUUUCCUGAGGUUGCACAGCAGCUCAGCCGUCCAGAAGAUGACUUACGCUUGCCAUCCAGGACACAAGCUGGGCGAGAGAGACAGAGACAUCAAAUUCCUCACUGACACGAGGAAGCAAAGUUACCUCGGAGCACUUAAAGAUUGUGUGCCUGGAGAGGAGAGCCUCUCUGGAUCUCGAGAGUCUGUGUUUGAAUUUGAGGACCUGCAGCUGCUCCCUCUGAGAGACGUGGCAGUGAUGGAGGGUGGAAACUUCACACAUCCAUUCAGCUUCACCGUUGGUCCGGUGUGUUUCAGCUAGAGCUGUUAUAAAGCCCAGCUGUCUGCCAGGGCUCACAGGUCCAGGACACAAACUCUGGUUGGAACCCUGGACAUGAAGAGGACAGCUGGGUCAUCUCCAAUCUCUGUCCCUGUCCCUCGUGUUUUUGGGGGGAUUCUUUC